AUGUUCUUAAACAGAAACAAGUACAGUAGCAACAAGAGUGCUAGACAACACACUGUAAGCAACAACGGAGGUCAGAUCUCUAAAGUUCUCGAGAAAACUGUUGCGCAACACAAGACAAACAUGGACCUAACAGUCGCCCAGGGCAAAGAGGACGACGAUGAAGAAGGCAACGAAAACCAUGCCGCGGUGACCGCCAUGCACGACGCGGGCGAGACGCCCACGUACGCCUACCCGCCCUUGACUCCUUCGUACAACCUGGCUAGCAACCCGUCUCAGGAGGCUCCGGCGCCGCGGACGCCCCCUAUGUAUUUACCGAGAAGGAGUCCCCGACGGCGCCUUCGUACUCGAGCCCGAGGGAGUCGCCGCCUCUCGCGGGCUACACCAAGAUGGGCGCCUCCAGCCGGCGUCGUCGUACGCCAACAGCUCGAGCUCGAACACCCGACCCUCUCGUCGCCGAACUCGAAGGCGAUGCCGUCUUCGCCCACCAACCGGAGCUCCUCUUCGAAUUCCUCGACCAACAGCAGCCCACCCACGCCCUCCAGAAACAAGCACCGACUUUCCUCUAGUUCCCACUCGAGAGGACGUCUUCGCACGCGCCAACAUAACAGGAAACCGCCUCCACCCGUCCCAUGA